GGUGACGGCAACAUGGCGGACUAUGGAGGCUGGUUUGAAAGUGGUAAAGCAAUCGAGGCAAGAAGAGAAUCUAAACGAAGAGCGAGAGAGGAGAUUGUGGCCAAGCCUACUGAAUGUGAGAAAAAUUGAAAUGUGGUCCCCACGGGGAAAGGUUGGAUAAGCCUGUUCUGAACAUUGCCCAGUCAAACUUGAAGGAAGAUGUGUUUUUGAAGUAUGUGUCGGGGAAAAAAAAUGAGACCUUUGCUGAGUACGCUGAAUACAUCUUAAUUCUCGGUCAACACCCCUUUUGAGGCUCAAGCUAAGUAUCAAAAAGAAGAGCAACAGAAGCAACUUAGACACUUACGCGGCGAGGACACGUGGAUGUUACCAGAAGUGAAUGAGCGACUAGAGGAAUUUUCAGAGGAACAUUCUGGUAAAUGCAAGAAGAAAAAGGAGAAAAAAUCAAAGAAAGGCAAAAAGGAAAAGAAGAAAAAGAAGAAACUAAAGGAAAAAACUGAUGAAUUCAGUGAAAGUUCUUCUGAUUCGGAGAUGGAAUGGAUUGAAGCCCCUACUGGCUCUGAUCCUGGCAGCAGUGAAAAGUCCUGGAAAAUCAAGGAAGAACUAUUAUGUUCUGCAAAUAAACCAGACACUGUUAAGAGGGAAGAAUGGAUGACAUUAGACUUCAUGUCUUUAAAGACAGUAUCCACUGCAGCAAUCCGAGCUGGAAAACAGAAGGAGAAAGAAAUGGAGCAUGAGAAGGUGCAAGCCAUGGAACAGGCUGAGAUAUAUAAAAGAGAGUUGAAUCCCUACUGGAAAGAUGGAGGUUCUGGCUUACCAUCUGAGGAAAAUGACUCGUCACCAAUUCAAAAAGCUGCAAUGGUAGAAGAUGGUGGGCUGAGCUGGCUGAGACAAUCCUACAAGCGUAUGAAGGAGCAGGCAGAGAGAGAUCAAUGCAGCCUGGAGGAUGUAAUUGCUACAAGAUAUGGGUCUAUGGACUUAUUCCAACAGAAACUACGAGAAGCUGAAAAAGUUGCACAAUUAAAAUAUCAAGAUGCAAGUGAUAGGAAUAGAAGAGAGAGUUGGAAAAAGCCAAGGAACUGGAGUUCUGAUCAAAAUGAAAGAAAAGAAUAUGGUUCUGGAAGGGGACUGAGUGGAGACAAAGACAGAUACAGGGAAGGUGACAGAGCUACUGAAAGAGAAAGAUUAAAAGAAAGUUUCCAGGACCAAUUCAAGUGUACAGAAAGAGAUAAUGGAAGGAAAGACAUUACUGAUAGAUACAAAGACAAAAAAAAGUCCAGUGACAGAGAGUUGGAAAUGGAACUUGCCAAAGAUAAAUAUACAGAUGAAAGUGGAGAAAUUAACAGAUAUAAACAGACAGGGAAACGCAAUAAUAUUGCCAGAGGUUUAGAAAGUGACAAUUUUCAUGAUGGGAAGAAAGAGAAAUCUUUAUCCUUAAGCAAUUUAAGAUCUAAGUUUAUGAAACCUGAGGAUGAAGAACAUAGUAACAGUAAGUGGGAUGUCAAGUUUCCAAGCUCGUCUAACCGCAUGCCAGAAUCUCUCAGUUCCUAUAGUAGUAAUUUUCAAAAACAAGACAAUGAUAGUGAUAGAACGUCAACAUGGUGCAGAACCAAUAGUGGAAACAAACCACCAGAAGAGUCCAUAUCAUUUCGACCUCAGAGCAGUGUUUCAGAGCAUGAGGGAACCCCAAACACCAUGAACAAAUUGGAAAAGACCAAGCCCAGAGAAAACCGUCUUGUGCAAGGAGAAUCAUCACAAAGUCAACAGAUGUCAAGUUUUAGCACUGCUGCUAUUCCAGCCAGAUCACUUGAUACAGGAGAAGAACCUCUGCAAACCCUCAGUGAGGAAGAGAUGAAUAAACUAGGAGCAAAGAUAAUCAAAGCAGAGCUGAUGGGAAACCUGGAACUGGCAUCUAAACUUAAGGCUCAAUUGGAGGAAGCUCAUAAAUUGAAAAAUCAAGGACAAAAGCAUAUUACAACAACUUCUACAGCACCAAAGAGGGCAGACAAUGAGGCAGAUGAAAAUCAGGAGGUGAUUCUAGUUCGCACUGAUCAAUCAGGGAGAGUUUGGCCUGUAGGUGCUUCAGCAGAAUCCGUAACACACAAAGGAGGAAAAAAGAAAAGACGAAUGAUUGAAACUCACCAUGAGGGAGAACGGAUUAGAUACUUCCAGGAUGACGAUAAUUUAAGUCUGCAAGACUUGGUCAGACAAGAAAAGAUGACUUCUGCAGAGGAUCAGAAUGAAAAAUUCUCAAGACUGGCUUCUAAAUUUAUGGAGAAGAUGGAUAGGGACUACUACACAUUGGAUGACAUGUUUGUGUCAAAAGCCGCCAGAAAAGACCAAUCAGGCCAAGAUGAUGAAAGGCACCGAAAUAAAGCUAUCCGUGAACACAAGAGAUUAGUUGGCCGAAUGGAGAAGUGCCAAUAUUGCUUUGACAAUCCAGAACUUCCAAAGCACCUUAUCAUUGCUAUUGGUGUAAAGGUAUAUUUGUGUGUGCCCAAUUACCAGUCCAUGACUGAAGGUCACUGUCUAAUAGUACCUCUCCAGCAUCACACUGCAGGUACCAUACUGGAUGAAGAUAUCUGGGAGGAAAUACAGCUGUUUCGAAAAGCCUUGGUGAAAAUGUUAGAAGACAAAGGUCUCGACUGUGUCUUUUUUGAGACCAAUAUGCAUUUAAAGAAACGCUUUCAUAUGGUGUAUGAAUGUAUUCCCCUACCAAAGGAACUGGGAGACAUUGCUCCUAUCUACUUUAAGAAAGCUAUAAUGGAGGCUGAUGAAGAGUGGGCCAUAAACAAGAAGCUGAUUGACCUUUCCACAAGGGAUAUCCGGAGAGCUAUUCCUAAAGGUCUCCCUUAUUUUUCUGUGGAUUUUGGUCUCCAAGGGGGAUUUGCUCACGUCAUUGAAAAUGAAGAGAAGUUUCCUUUUUAUUUUGGAAAGGAAAUAAUUGGAGGCAUGUUAGACCUGGAGCCAAGAUGUUGGAUGAAGCCAAUCAGAGAAAACUUUGAUGAUCAGAGGAAGAAAGUGCUGCAGUUCUCACAUUGGUGGAAGCCAUACAACUGUACUAAAAAUAAGGAAUAAUGUCACCCAUUGUAGCAAAAUGGCUACAGUAACUUGAAACAUGGCACUGGGGAUGGGAUUCUUUCUAAAAAUAUCAUGGCAGUUUCUUAACGUCGACUAAUGUCAAGAUCCGACUAUUUUUUCAUGAAACAUUGAGAAGGCAAUUUAGGUAUCUAAGGUAUGGAUUUUGCUGUACUAAAAAUAGUUUAAUUACAAAUUGGUAUCAUUUUGUACAGUAAAUAGAAAAUCCAGAAAGCCUGGCAUCUUGAUGCUUGCUGUUGUAUAAUUUUGAUUUACCCUAGGCUGAGACUAAAUGUCAUUCCAUAAUUUUACCACCAUUCCUGGAGGCAUUGAACCAUCACAAGUUCUUCCUUCAAGUUGUUGAGGAUUAACAAAACUCCAUAUAAAUAUUUUGGGCAGAGUCAGUUAACAGCCAAAACAAACUCAAAACUGUGACCAUAAAGUUGCGAAGCAAGGAUUUCAACCUCUGUCAAUCUUUUGCUAUGUUAUUAUUGUGUAAAAUACCUCAGUUGUUAAAAUGAGGAACCUGAAAAUACCAGUAUAAACAUUUAACUCCACAACAUUAUACAAAGAAAACAAAAAGUCAAAUUCAUUAUCCAUCGUCUAACAGUCUUUUGCGUGGAAUUGAAAUGUUCUUAUUGUUCUAAUCCCAUUCCACAGGUUUUAACUGUGGACUAUUUCUGUAAAGCACUUGAAUUUGCUAAAUUUUCAUCAUUAAUUUGGGAAUGGAUAAAUAAUUCCUUGUCACCGUUAUCACAGGUGAAUAGGCUAUUCUUCAGGACCUUUACAAUUAAAGCAACCUUAUCAUAUGGAGAAUAUAAGAAUACAUGAGGUAUCAGAUUUGAUACUAACCAUGAUUUGUUUUUGUUUGUCUCUUUGUAGUGUAUUCUUAGUGUUGCUUACAUAACAUUGAAUCUCAAUUUAUAAUGCACCAUGGAAUGAUUUGGAGUUCAAUGCAGUGCUGAAUAUUAAUAUUGAGAUAUAAAUAAAGCUUUUUAAAAAUUU